GCGAUUCUUGCGCCUCGUCUGGAAUCUCCCUUCAUUUCGCUCAUUUCCCUCGCGUCUCAGAGCCUGCCAUGGCCCUGCUCGGCAUCUCGCUGAUUGUCGUGUCCUUCGUCUUCGUGGCGCUCAAGCAGCCGCAGUGGCUGCGAUUGCCGUGGCAGAGUUGGGUCGGAGGAGUCGGCGCCAUCACGGACGGCAAGGAGAACAAGACACUCUCAGGCCAUGAGCGGAGGAACAGUGAAGCGCGACAGAACGGCAAAGGCGCCAGCCAUGGAGUCGCGCCAGAGAUCGCACUUCAGCCACCAAACGACGACACAGAGCUGGACCUGAGGGGGUCGUCAUCAGCCUCUUCCACCGAUCGAGCCUCUUCGACCUUGAGACAGCGCAAGCCCGACAAUGUCCCUCCCUCGACACUUCCGAUCAUCCAACCGCCUACGAUCAUGCCUCCCACGAUCACGUCCCCAGUCAUCCAAGAGCCAGAAAGUCCAACCACGCCCAAAGCCGAGCCCACGAGCCUAUCACAGCCCGUCCCCAGCCUCUUCCUCGCCGAGUCAUCAUCCUCCCUCAUGAUGCCCCCUCCGCCUCUCCCUUCGUCCCGACCCAACGGCCGCAUUCCCGCCCUCAAUCAAUACCCAGCCCCAAACUCGGCCCAGCGAGCACGUGGCCCAACUCCCAAUAGAGGCCCUCCCGCCGCAUCAUCAUCCUCCUCCUCCUCUGGCCUCGCGCCUCCUCCGACGCACUCUUCCAAGCCCGCCAAGCCCAGCCGGCAAGUUGUUCUCACGCCGGGCCACUCCCCGCUGGACUGGGCUCGCAUCUCCGGCCCAAACUCCGACCUCCGCGGCGUGCCCGCUGCGACGCCCUACCUGCGCGUGACGCCCUCGAUGCUCAAGGCGCAGACGGGCCGCAAGGGCAAGGAUGCCUGGAUGGCCAUCAACGGAAAGGUGUACAACGUCACGCCGUACGCAAAGUUCCACCCGGGAGGCGUGCCGGAGCUGAUGAGGGGCGCGGGCAGGGACGGCACCAAGCUGUUUGGGGAGAUUCACCCUUGGGUCAACUACGAGACUAUGCUGGCUGCGUGUCUUGUCGGACUGCUGGUAGAAGAGCCGGAGGGCAAGGAGAGUGAGAUGGACAGGAUGGACUAG